UUAGAGCAAUGGGAGUCGCGUGCUGGCCCAAAAUCCUUCCAGGGGUCACUGGGUCAGCUUAAUAUAAGGCCUCCGGGCAGAGCAGUCCCAACACAUUUGCUCCCCAUCACCAUCUGAUCUAGAGCGUGGCGACAAACCAGCCCACCUACUAACGCCCACCAUACGCAUCGAAGUCCGCAACGCAACUUUCCCGUUCAAUAGCUCAACGUUCACGUCUAGUCUGAUACACAAUGGAUCCACUGUCUCCUGUACAGGAUGACAUCAGGCGGGUGACGCGGAGGGAACUAUACACGGAUUUUGGCAAACGGAUGGAAUUUUUACGUGCAUUUCUCGACUUCACAGAUGAUGAUCUUAUCGUCUUCAAUAAAGGCACCAAAUUUCUAAAAGCCGCCCUUCCCGACCUCACGCAUCGUCUGUAUGCGAAAAUGCUCGACUUUGACAUCACAGCCCGCGCCCUGCGUACUCGAAGUACUGAAUCGGAGGCCCAUGUUGAAGACCUGUUCACCUUGGACGGCCCGCAUGUGCAGCGGAGGAAGAUCUUUUGGAAGUGGUACCUGACCCGGCUGUUCUCCGACCCCAGCCAGAAAGAGUAUUGGGAGUAUCUGGAUAAGGUAGGGAAGAUGCAUACAGGCAAAAUCCUGAUGCACCCGUUGAAGAUCGAGUACAUGCACAUGAACACCUGCCUGGGGUAUGUCAAGGAGCUUGCGUACGAAACGAUAUCCAUUCAUCCUGAAAUGUCGGUCCCGUUCAAGUUCGCUCUGAUACGGUCGCUAAACAAAAUCCUCACCAUUCAAAACGACCUGAUUUCGAGAUGCUAUAUCCGCGAAGGCCAGGAGUUCACCAAUGAUGCCCCAAAUACGGACGCGGUGCCACCCACGGAUUCUGGAGCAACUACCGACAGCGGAUCCAUGUCAGACGUCCGAUCAAACAUGGGGAGCCGAUCUAGUGCCGACAGUCGAUCCUAUAUGGAUACCCCAUCCAAUGGCACCUCCAAUGGCACCUCCAAUGGCACCUCCAAUGGCACCUCCAAUGGCACCUCCAAUGGCACUUCUUCCAAUGGAACUCCCUCCAACUACACACCCUCCAUCCCAGACACUCGGUCAAUACCCGAGAGUCGCUCCGUCACCGACACCGGGUCGAUUGCAGACAACGGAUCGAUUGCGGACACACAUUCCAAUGCAGACGCUAGUUCAGUGACAGACACUGUAGCCAACAGUGAAUCGUCGUCAGUAAUACAGGACAGGCAGCUUCAUCCUCGUUGUUUGGUGCCUGGCAUGAGUCAGUCCAGGCCCACCUCAUCCAAAGGGUCUGCUCCGAGCCUACGCGACCGGAGUGCAAGUUUUGAUCUGGCUCGAGUCAGAACUACAACCGAAUCAGCGGGGUCGGAUCCACCAUCUUCGGCGGGCAGCCAUCGGGUCGGCCCCAGCUAUGCCGGUACGAUAAACGGGUUCACAUCACCGUUUGUAGCCGAACCCGGGCAAGCCUUCGAGACGAAGAUCUGGUCGGCCAAGUCCAAACAAAAAUGGUAUAAACCUUCUGAGUAGUGGUAGAUGAUAAUUGAUUCCCCAUUUGCAUUCCCUGUGAGUUCUAGUACACUGUCGAUGCCUUGGUGGCGAU